CUCUCUCUCUUUCCCUCUGUCUCUUCACUUGGCUGACUCAGCCUCCUUUUGUCGGUCUGCCUCGGAGUUCUUCCUUCCCCCCCUCUCCCUCCCCCCCGGCCAAAUGCCCUCGAUCAUCAGAGACACUUCUGACCGCCCCCACCGGCGGGAUUUCCCCCAGGACCCCGACUUCCACGCAUCGUUGAGGUGCUUUGCCGCCAGCUGGACGGAGGAGGAUCUGGAGGCUGUGCGACGCUUCCGGCGCGAUCUGCCGGACCUCCAGCGGUUUCUGGGCUCACCCUCCCUGCGGGUGGUGUACUUUCCCGGUCGUACGCCCCUGACUGGGCACCAUGGCUACGGCCUCCGUGGCUAUGACUUCCCGUCGCACUUCACCAAGGCAGGGUUGUGCCUCAACCUGACUGAGGCGCGCUGGAUCCCCCGAUAUAUUCGCGAAAACCUCAAGCGCAUUGUAUGCUCCCUCGCGCCCAUGGAUGCUCAUUUUCCUUGCUCCAAUGGCCUCGCAGGUGGCCAUGGUCCCUUCGCAAUCUGACGUGGGUUUGCAUGCGCUCCAGGAGCGCCGGCGAGUGAAUGCCCUCGGGGAGCUCGUCAUCCAGUCGGGCGCCUCCUGCUCGCAGAGGAUCAAUCUCGACAUCUGCAUCCGCCAGCUUUUGGCCGCCCUCGACCGGGCCAGCAUCCUGCCCGAUUUGGAGCCCCACUCCCGACACGAUAGGAUCGUGGCCCUCGCCGCCGCAUUCAAGGAGCGCCGACACCGCCAAAAGCGCCGGCGCGCCGGAAUCAUGGAGGCCCGGCGUCUACCCCGGGACUAGUCUGGGCCUGUGUUUUUUUUUCUUUUUGCUUGUGCCCCUUCUUCGUGCCCACUCCGAGUGCACACAGGCCCCAUCGCUCUGGUCAGCCUGUCAGCGCCCCGAGGAGCAAAGGCAUCACCUGCAGGGCGCGCGUAUGUGUGCAUACAUGCAUGCAUGCAUGCAUGUA